AUGCCCCGACUAAGCGGCAAACUUGUUCGACAUGCAAGACGCGUGUCUCCAUUUUUGCCUCCGCUUUUACCUGCAAAUAGAGAUAUAAAUAGAGCACUUUUAGAGCUCAAAUGGAUCAAGGAGGAACUACCAAGACGGCUGUGGGUAUCUGCUGUGAAUAGGCGUUUAGAGCUAGAACCACUUCAAUACAUACUAGGCAGUCAACCAUUUGGCGAUCUCAGCAUAAUAUGUCGGAACGGGGUACUAAUUCCACGUUGGGAAACGGAGGAGUGGUGCACUAAGUUGGGAAAUCUCCUACUGGAAAAAGAGUUUACUCUGCUUGACAUAGUUGAUGCAUGUACAGGCUCAGGAUGUGUUCCAAUUCUUUUAGGUCAUAAGCUCGUCACAAAAAGUGCAAGUACUAAAAUAUGUGGUUUUGAUGUGUCUGUAGAAGCGAUCACAUUGGCACAGGACAACUUGACUUUGUACAAAUCACUGCAUAUGGAUUCUUCGUGUGAGGUGUCGUUUCAAAGGGGGGACAUCACCGAUUUGAGUCUAGUCCCCAAGCUACAUAUACAAAACAUAACUUUGGUAACAGCAAAUCCCCCAUAUAUCCCAUUGCAAGACUACCGAAAGUCUGUUUUACGCAAUGGCGUGGAAAGGUCUGUAAGGCUUCAUGAACCCGAAUUAGCUUUGAUAGGGAGCACUGAACCUUAUCAGCAAUUGAUAAAAAAUCUAGUGAUACCAUCGGGGGCUGAAGGGUUUGUAUUCGAAGUUGGAUAUUUCAACCAAAUUCAAACAGUGUGUCAGCUGUUGGACGAAAAUUGGGUUGUAGGGUACAUGAACGAUUCGGCAAAUAGGGUAAGAUGUGCCGUAGGAUGGAAGUUAAACACAGAUUUUGAAAUAUUGGCACGUUUAUGUGAUAAGGUAUUAUUAAAGUAA